AGGGAAAGACUUGGGUUGUGUCAAAGGAGCUGCUGUGGGGAAAGGGAUCCCCCUCGCCUUCCUCAGGACAACGGCUUUGCACUACGUGUGCGAUAUGUCCCCAACUAUAUCCUACAAGGACAGGAGUCGGCAGCGCCGGCCUGGCAGCUUCACGAACUCCCUGGAUGCGAUGAAAAACGAGCCUCCUCCUCUUGACGUCUAUGAAGAUGACCACGCCGAGGCAGAUGGCGAGGUCGAUAUGCUGCUUGGAGAGCCAAAUAUUCCCCCUGCUGGGGCUCCCAAAGGCUAUCGAGAAGAGCUCGGCAGUAUCUUACUGCUCCUUUUCCUCUAUGUGCUGCAGGGUAUUCCUCUAGGGCUUGCAGGCAGCAUCCCACUCAUCUUGCAAAGCAAGAAUGUUAGCUACAAAGACCAGGCAUUCUUUAGUUUUGUCUUCUGGCCUUUCAGCCUGAAGCUGUUGUGGGCUCCUUUGGUGGACGCUGUAUACUUCAAGAGGUUUGGUCGCCGCAAGUCUUGGCUUGUGCCCACUCAGUACGUCUUGGGCCUUUUUAUGAUGUACCUGUCUAGGCAGGUGGACUCUCUGCUUGGGGAAACAGAUGGCAAAAGCCCAGAUGUGGUGGCCCUUACUGUGACCUUUUUCUUAUUUGAGUUCCUGGCAGCCACUCAAGACAUAGCUGUAGAUGGCUGGGCAUUGACUAUGUUGUCCCGGGAGAAUGUGGGCUACGCUUCCACUUGUAACUCUGUGGGCCAAACAGCCGGCUAUUUCCUGGGAAAUGUUUUGUUCUUGGCUCUUGAAUCAGCUUCUUUUUGCAACAAGUAUUUGCGCUUUCAGCCUCAACCCAGAGGGAUUGUUACGCUUUCAGAUUUCCUGUUUUACUGGGGUGCUGUUUUCUUAAUAACGACUACCUUGGUUGCGCUCUUGAAAAAAGAAAAUAAGAAAGUAACCUUCUCAAAAGAAGAAACAAAAGGCAUCAUGGACACAUACAAGCUGCUUUUCUCAAUAGUCAAAAUGCCAGCAGUCCUUACAUUCUGUGCCCUGAUUUUAACAGCAAAAAUCGGAUUCUCAGCAGCAGAUGCAGUAACAGGACUGAAACUGGUAGAAGAAGGAGUACCGAAAGAGCACCUGGCUCUACUUGCUGUUCCAAUGGUUCCAUUACAGAUCAUAUUGCCUUUGAUUAUCAGCAAAUACACGGCAGGUCCACAGCCCCUGAACACAUUUUACAAAGCUAUGCCAUUUAGAUUGCUGUUUGGGUUGGAAUUUGCUCUCUUGGUUUGGUGGACUCCCAAAGUAAAAUACGAAGGAGGAUUUCCCAUCUAUUACUACUUUAUAUUGUUGCUAAGCUAUGCCUUGCAUCAGGUUACAGUGUACAGCAUGUAUGUUGCUAUAAUGGCUUUCAAUGCCAAAGUUAGUGACCCACUCAUUGGCGGAACGUACAUGACACUACUUAACACACUCUCAAAUUUGGGAGGAAACUGGCCUGCCACAGUAGCUCUUUGGCUUGUGGAUCCACUUACCGUGAAGGAGUGCACUGGAAUUCAAGGACACAGCUGUGGAACCACAGCUGCUGCAGAACUUUGUACAAAAGAAGGUGGAUCUUGUGUUAUUACCCUGGAUGGUUAUUACAUGGAGUCCAUAAUAUGCGUGGCUUUGGGAUUUGCUUGGUGGCUGUUCCUUGGACCCAAAUUCAAAAAGCUGCAAGAUGAGGGAGCAUCUUCAUGGAAAUGCAGGAGGAGCAUAUAAUGAAAAUGGAGUGCCAGAAAAGACUAGCAAAAGUUGUUACGGCUUUGUCCCAAACUUGUACAAGAGAACAAAAUAUCUAUAUCAAAGAAAUGGUCAGUUUACACAUGCCAAAUGACUUUACAAAAAGAAAAGCCAGGAGAUUAGUGCAUAGAUCGGUAAUAAAGUUUGCUGUCCCUAUUUAAAAUUACCCUUAUGGUUAGAAAACCAAAACAUACUCCAAAACAGCACUUUUAAAUUAUAUAGUUGUCCUGUUAACUUGCAUUGGCUGCCUUUUUGUCUUCUAUUGAUUUAACGGUAUCUCUAAAUGAAAUCUGGGGAUAUGAUACCUUGAAAUAUUUUUUGAUUGAAUAUAAAGAUUGAAUGUAUAUGGUAAAAAAGCUAGAAAGAAAAACUGGUACUGUACAUUUUUUUCCUUUUUAAUUGUUUUAUAUUGCGGACCAUAACUACAUUUUGUGGGAGAAAACAAUGAGUAGAAAAAAUUUCAAAUGUAAAGCUCUUGUAAGCUUUAAAGAUUUAUAAGAAGGAUAUUUUUAUAAUGGCGACAAUUCAGCUUUUUUUUUUAAAAAAAUGUGCACACUUUACUUCAAGGCACUUUGAUUUGCAAAUAGAAAUGGUUUCUUUACUGUAGCAUUAGUAUCAGAGGGAAUGGCUUGACCCUUGACAAUGAUUGUAAAAAAUAGAGAGGCAAGACAUCAAAUUACCCAGUACUGAAGAAAAGGCUUCCAAAAGAUUAGCAGCAGAUAUAAGAUCAGUAAAUUCUGUUUGUGUGUAGAAAAGGCAAAUAUAUAGUUUCUCUAGAACUGAACAUGCUACUUGUUUGUGUGCAGAAUCCAAAGGACCAAGCAAAAAAGACUGUGCCUUUUGAUAAGAAGUUGUGUAAAAUGGUGAUCAGGUGUCUGUACUGCUACAUUUUAGAACAUGCAUGUCAUUCAUCCAUUCCUACUGAUGUUAGGAAUUUCCUGUAGCUGCUGACUAUUGCAAUGGUCAUUAUUAAGAGGUACUCUUCUCUUCAGUGCCUUAAUGAUGUACAGUUUGAUGUAUAUCAAGUGGAAAGGGGCACCGUACAGUAUGUGAGAUGUAUUUUGUACAUCUUUCAUAAUAUUAUAACACCUUCAAAAGGUGUGACAGGCUAGUGUCAUAGUUAUGAUGCUAGCAUGAAAUGCUGAAAUAUUAAUAUCAAAGGUAUUUUCUAACUUUUAUUGGUUAUUUCAAGAGAUCAGUUCUUUCUGAAAUAGGAUAUUCUUGAUUCCAAGUGAAUCUAUCUUGAUUUACAUUGUACAGUUUUUUUUUCUUUUAAAGCUCUUUUCAGAGUGUAAAUAAACAUUAGAAAAGUAAGCUAAUACAGACUUUAAGCAUGCUAUCUUGGGAAUAUGUUCUAUUGAAAUGAGUGGGACUUGAUUCCAAGGAAAUUGGGAUAGGAUCACAUGUUGAAAGGAGUUUUAACACUAUCAACGGAGACGGAGAACCCUCCUUAGCCUUACCUUGAUCUAUAUUUCUCCGCAUCUAAAGAACGAAGUGGUCCACAAUUAAGUGUAUAACUUAAAUCAACAACUUUGACGCUGCUACUUGGAUUUAUUUCAGAGUAUUUUUAUUAACUGGUUUAUCGAUUUCAGUGAUAGGCUGCAACCUUGAAACUAUAUUUAUUUGGAGCAGUUUAUUUUAAGAUAAUGGGAGAACUCAAGGACUGCUCCAAAUAAAACUAUAUUUAUUUGGAAUAGUCCUGGAGUUCUAUUACCUUAAAACAAACUGCUCCAAAAAAUAUAAUUUCAAGGUUUCAGCCUAACAUUAGAAUCUAUAAACCAGUUAAAUAGCAAUACUCUGAUUUAAACCAUUGGACCUAAACAGGAUUUAAAUCCAGGUAACAAUGUUUAACUUGGUAAUGAUUAGACAAUGUUGAGUUGUGGCUACUUGUUUGAUUAUAUCCUGUAGUUAGGUACAAGGUUUGAGAUUACAGGAUGCUGAAGGCAUGAUACCAUGGUCUGUUGGCAAUCCUCAAAGAGUUUGAGGCUCACUACUUUUUCCUCUUGGCAUGUUCUAACAUAGUGUUAGUAUAUUGUCUUUAUCUUGUAAUUAGUUCAUAUGAAUAAUCUGACCUGUUCACUUGAAUGAAAAUUCACAGCAUGCUCAUGAAACACUUUUCAUUUUCAUUCAUUGUUUACAAUAGCCAGAUUUUGUUUGCCUUAAAUUUGAUCUACCCUCAUUGGCUAGGUAAGCACAAAUAAAAUAAUCUUAGCUUCAGUACUAUUUGAAUAAAAUGGUUCAUUAGAGGAUAUUUAGUGGUUUGAACAUGUAUUUAUUGUUGUUCCACUUAUUUUUGUUUUGAUAUAGCAUAAAUGGAAGACCUGUUAACAACAAAAAAGUUCCUUAAUUGUCUCUAGCCAGCAUUUGAGAAAGGAUAGUUCUCGAAAAGGGUAUCUAGGUUGCAGAAAAUGCAAAACAAAUUAUCUAGUUACCUUUUUAUAUUUUCCAGUUCCGUAUUACUAUUUAUACAAUGUGCCAAGUUGAAUAAAGGCUAUGCAUUUAAACCAAUGUCUGAUACUGUAGAGUAAAUUCUGUAGAUGGCUAACUUAAACGCAGAAUAAAUAAUGCCAAACUAAGAUCUGGAAAAACAUCUUAACUGUAAUGACUAGGAUCCAAAGAACCACUGAAGGUGGACUUUGGGUUGUGUUUUUCAAAGAGCAGCACCCAGGGAAUACCAAAGCUAAUUUUGAAAUGCAGAGGGCUUUCAAAACAGCUGGUGACACCCAGCGUGGGAUUCUGCUCUACAAAGGUAAGAAAGAUCAAAAACCUUACUGAGCAUGCCCAAGCCCUUGGGAAUCAAAAUGGAUCUUUUGAUCCUGGCCUAUAGCCGAUUUCAACUACGUGGAUUGGUUUAAUUCUUUUCUCAUUACUAAAAUAUGUCCUAAAUAUAUACCAUUGAGAGAUGAACAAAGUGUUCCUUCCUGAAUAUGAUGCUGCUAACUUUUAUGCGAAUCCAAGAGUGGUUUAGCAUUACCUUUUCCACUCAUUGGCAUUUCUGUUAAAACUUCCCAUGUACCAUUCUUGCACACUGGUCACUGUCUUGAUUUGUAGAAGUAUUCCUGUGGAUUUAAAAACAUCCUGAGGAACGUCCCUACACCUGCAAUAUGAAUCUGUGGGACCACUACAAGUUAAGUAGUUCAUGAAUUGAAGCAUCAGCUUUUUCACUUUAAAUACAGUACUGGAGCUGUUAUUAAAUGAAAACAAAAGUGUAAUUAUUGAAAGUUGUCUAUCUACAUUGUGUGAAAACGUAAGUGAAUUAUGCUAACUGCUAUUAGUUCAUUUCAGACUACAAAUGAUGUAAAUUGGUGAGGAAAAGUUCUAAUUUAAAGUCUGGUCAACUUUCACUGUGAUUUGAUUAAAUGGGGGUGUUCAUUUAAUUGGAAUAAAUGAUAACAUGUAAUUGCUUCCCAUUUUCAGGAUAAUGAGACAUCCCUGAUAGCAGUUUUCAGCAUUCAGGCAAUUAAGUACAAUUACCUCAUGAAAAGUGGAACAUGUGAUCUCACUUGUGUAUAAGGUUCACAAGAUAGUGUUUCUUAUGUCAAGGUAGAAGCUCUCAAGGAGGAAGGAGGCAUACAGAGUUGUGAUAAAGGUAUUAUUUGAUAACUACUGUUUGAGCUUCUUAUCCUGUGAAUCUUAUCCAGCACUCUGCAAUGCUGUGUUCAGUUGUCAUUAUCCGAUUUACAAAGCUUUGUUGUUUCUGUUUUUUUCAUGAGAUAUAAAUGUCAUGGUUUUGCCUGGAACAAUGUACUCUACUUGUAACUUUGAAGAUAUAUCAGACAUGACCAUAGAGGUAUUUUGUAAUACACUAUUGCCUUCUUUUGAAGAAACAAAAAACUAAUAAGUUGAGGCAAAUUAUAUACAAUCAAAUUCAUUUUCCAAGCUGUACAUACUUAUUGAAAAAAGGUAUUACAAUAUUGUUCAAAUGGACCUCUUAAAAAUAUUUUAGUGAGAAGAGAAGGCGAGGAAGCCUAUUAAACUAUGUAUUUACGUUGACUGUAACAUAGACUGGAAACAGAGGUAUAAUGUAUAUGUUGGAUUAUUUCUGAGGUUUUUUCCCUGUAUGAUGUGCUGUAAAUUAUGGCAGUGCUAUUUAAAAAACAAAACAAAAAACCCAAAUACUUUUACUUCUGGGGUGACUUAAUUAUCUGGAAGCUUAUAAUAAAACUUCUGGCGCAUAUUAAAAAUGGUUGACUAAAAUGGAACCCAUAUAACUAUUUCCUUUCACUGUUUUACUUAACAUGUUUGGGGUUUCUUCAUAUUUAAGCUUAUAAAGAUGUUUAAAUCCUAUUACUUGAUAAAUAUGAGACCACACUAUGAUUUCCUUGUUGAAAAUGCUUUAUAUGGAAACAGUAGAAAGAAUAGUUUUGGAAGUUUUAUCUUUUGUUUCAAUAAAGUAAAGUUCCAGUU